AUGCAAGUACAUCAACAUCUCCUCCUUGUUCCUAUCUUCCUGGAUCAAGUGGCUCCUUCCCAUUGGCUUCUUCCCUCAGCUGUUGAUUGCCAUCACGUGAUUGGCCUAGAACUCCUUCGUCCUUACUCAGUAGCUGAGUGUAGCCUUCUCAUUGGUUCAGACCACUCUUAUCCUUUAAGCUGCUGGUGUCAACAUCCCAUUGGUCUUGAGAUGAUGUGCUCCUUCCCACGUUUCUUCUUGCAGAGGGUUUUGUACGUUUCCCUUUCCAAAGGGUUUCGUACGUUUUCUUGUUCGGAGGGUUUCGUUCCCGUCGUGCUUGAGAAUUGA